UCUGCCGUUGCUUUCUAAUCUUGCCUUUGACCCGCCGCUCCACCUUCCCUUCACACCCCUCCCUUCCCCUGACCUGCCCUGCAAUUCCCUUUCUCCUUCCUUAACUACUCUCUCUCUCUCUCUCUCUCUCUCUCCGACUAAAAGUCUACAAAAGCCCUAUCUCUUCUGGGCCAGCAAUUCUCUCUCUACAAAUUCCCUCUCUGUUUCUCGACCCACUACGUCUCUCUCUCUCGAUCUUGCCAUCGAGUGGAGCUUCUUGGGCCCUCAUCUCUCUACCUUUCCUUCAGCCUGCCACCCAAUUCUCCUGCCCAUUCAACCCAUCUCUUUCACUGUAAUUUCACAGGAGCUUUCUGGGCUCUUCAAUUCCCGUCAGCCUGCAACCCAACGCUCCUUGCUUUUAUAUAAACAAAUACCCCAUAUCCUCUCUCUCUGCAGCUGAAAUACAGGAGCUUCUUCGGCCUCAAUUCAGUGAGUCUGUCUUUUCCUCUUAUCUUUCUCUCUAUACGCUUCCUCUAUCCCCCUUUCCUCUCCGCUCUCUCCCUCUAUCUUUUAUCUUCUUCCACCCUCAUUUCACCCCAACUUCUUAUUUCUUCUCUCUUUGUCCUGCCAAUUUUAUGCUCGUUCUUUUCCUUCAUCUACUAAGCUUUCAGCUACUAGUGCCCGUUUGAAUCCCCAUAAAAAGCUUGAAAUCCAAACUCUUCGGGUUUGAUUCCCAAUUUUGUCGUUGGUUUUUCUACUCUAUUUUAGCUUUCAGCUACUAGUGCCUUUCUGAAUUCCCUAAAAAAGUUAGAAAUGCAGAGGAAUAGUCCAAUUAGACUUUAAAAACCUCUCCUUGCGGCUUUCUCAUAAGAUGGAAUCCACGCCGCCCCACCAUGAAUCUCAAAAGAAACCCACCAUCUUCACCUAUGAAGCUCCAUGGCAAAUCUAUGGCCUAAACUGGUCAGUAAGGAAUGACAAAAAAUUCAGGCUAGGAAUAGGUAGUUUCUUAGAAGAUUAUGGUAAUAAGGUUGAGCUUGUCGACCUUAAUGAAGAGUCAGGUGAAUUUCAAAGUGACCCACGUCUUGUUUUUGAUCAUCCAUACCCUGCAACCAAGAUAAUGUUCCUUCCUGACAAGGAAUGUGUCAAACCUGAUCUCAUGGCCACAUCUGGUGAUUACCUCAGAAUUUGGCAAAUUUAUGACGAUCGGAUUGAGCUCAAAAGCCUAUUGAAUGGUAACAAAAACAGUGAAUACUCAGCCCCAUUAACCUCUUUUGAUUGGAACGAAUUAGAUAAUCGAAGAAUUGGGACCUCUAGUAUCGAUACUACUUGUACCAUUUGGGAUAUAGAGAGAGAAAUAGUUGAUACACAGUUAAUUGCCCAUGAUAAAGAGGUCUAUGAUAUAGCUUGGGGUGGGGUUGGGGUAUUUGCUUCUGUAUCAGCUGAUGGUUCAGUGAGAGUUUUCGAUCUUAGAGAUAAAGAACAUUCAACCAUUAUAUACGAGAAUCCACAACCUGAUACGCCUCUGCUCAGAUUAGCCUGGAACAAACAAGACCCGAGGUUCAUGGCUGCUGUUUUAAUGGACAGUAACAAAAUUGUGGUUUUGGAUAUUAGAUACCCAACUUUUCCAGUGGCUGAGUUGCAAAAACACCAAGCUAGUGUUAAUGCACUAGCAUGGGCACCUCAUAGCACAUGUCACAUGUGCUCUGCUGGAGAUGAUUCUCAAGCUCUUAUAUGGGAACUGAAUAAUUCGAGCCAGCCGGUUAUGGAUGAUUUAAACCCAAUUCUCUCUUAUACUUCAGAAGCUGAGAUCAACCAGUUGCAGUGGUCUUCUUUGCAACCUGAUUGGAUAGCCAUUGCCUUUAUGAACAAGAUGCAGAUCCUAAGAGUUUGAAGCUAUUGGUUCCAUGGACUUGACUCACUUUUGUAAGCUUUUGGUAUGGUCUUGGAGGGCUCUUAACUCUGAAAGUGUCAAGGCUCAUGAAUCACAAGCAUUUGAGACUACAGAAGGAUGGGAAUAGUUAACUGACAUAUUCUAUUGGUGAUUUGGGAUGGUUCGGAGAGUAAUACAUUGAAUAAGUAGGGGCAAUGGGUAUUUAUGGCUUGUUUCUAACUGAUGCUGCUGACGCUUAUGAAGUCUGUAUUUCUUUGCUCUCAUUCUCCAUCUGAUUUUCUUUUUUCUCAAAUUAAUUUACCAAUUGACAUAAGAAUUUGGAGGAAUGAUGCAGUGACAGGUUAUUUGGAGAACUUUAUGAAGUAUUGAGCAAUAUUUAAUAAUGCCUUAUUCAUCAA